AUUGGGGACAAGCAUUAAGCAUACUCAGAGCCUCAGAGGAUGCCCAAAAUCCAAAGAGUUCGAAAUCGGCCCAUUGAAAUAUGAGAUCCAACCCAAAAUAGUCUGUUAGGCUUUGGUUGGCCGAUUUGGCGGGAAGAGAGACGACUUCCUCGCGAUUUGGCGGGAAAGGGUUCGUACAUAAACGACAUAUUAACCCUUGAGCGCGGGAAGCCGACGGCAAGUUCUCUUCCUCAGAGAUUUGAAGGGUCAGACAAGCAAGAAAUCCUCAAUUAAGUAGUAAGUAGCUUCAAUCAAAGAUAGCGGAAACAAAAAUGGUGGGUUUACCGUACGAUUGCCUUGCAAACCCCCUUGGAGCCGUCCGAUUCACGUUCGAGAAGGCGCUCGCUUCCGCCUCCGCUCCGGCAGCACUCGAAGGCAAAGACUGGGGCACAUCUGAUCUCUUCCAGAGAUUUUUAUUUGAAGACGAUGGCAUUUCCCAGGUACCUAUGUUAACUCCUACAACUAUAAGAUCUCUUCAGACCAACACUCUGGUUAGGUUCCGAGGCAUGAUUCAGGACAUGCUAGGCAAUGAGUUUUAUGUUGGAGCUUACAAGGAUGGAGAUGUGUGGAGAACAAAUAAGUUUUCUGAUGUAUCUCAAUUCCCCAUGGAACCAUCGUCAGAGACUCGAAUGUGGGAACGCCGUUUACUCUAUUGUAUUCCGGUUCCUGGACAGAAUGGAUGGACUGAGCACUACUGGGGAACUCAAAUGAACCCACUUACAAAUUACACAUCCUCUCCUAGGCAGAAGCGCCAGAGGGAGGAUGAUAUCUCCAUGGACGAUGUUGAAACCCAUGCUCCAGAUCAUGACUUUCAAGAUUCAUCAUCUGGGAAAAGACAGCGAGAGGAUGGUGUUUCUUUGCAGUCUCCUUAUUUGGAGAAUGAACUUGCUGGAAACUGUUCUAGUAGCUUUGUGCCUGCUUGUGACAGAAGUUUUUUUCCCUGUCUUUUGAAGGUAUAUGAUUCUCCCGAGUCGGAGAUAAAGCUGAAUGAAGUUUUUGAAUUCGUUGGUAUCCUCAGUUUUGAAACGGAGGUUGCAAAAGAUGAGAUUGAUGAGUUUGAUUAUGGUUUAUGUGAAGAGGACAUGACUCAUCUUCCCCCUGUCAAGGUUCCUCGCAUCCAUUGUCUUAGUUACAGGAAACUUGCAGCUCAUGACUUUGUUUCGAGUUCCCCUAUAUUGGAGCCCAAAUCCCACAUUGUCAAAGGAAUAAGAGAUUCACUGUUGAGCCAUCUUACAGUUGUACUCGGGAAUGAUGGAUUGGCAGCUCAGUUCAUGUUGUUACACCUUCUAUCAGGGGUUCAUGCCAGGGUAGAUGCUGUAGCUGUAGGAAAGCUUUCCCUAAAUCUGACUUGUCUUGGCAAGGAAAGCAGUUCUAUAUUUGGAAAUCGUCUCAAUCUUGCAAUCAGAAACCUUGUGCCGUUCACACAUUCUCUACCACUCACUGUUGAUUAUCUUAAUUCUGUUUCUCUUUCCCCGAAAAAGGAUUAUCAGACCAACAGACUUGUGGCUGGAGCUUUACAAUUAGCUGAGGGGUCGCACUUGACAAUAGAUGAGACUCAACUACAAGCAGGGACCCUCAAUUCAACUGGAGUUGAAAAUGCAAGGGUAUUAAAAAUGCUGAUGGAGUUUCAAAAGGUGGAGUACGAUUUUACGUACUAUAAGAUGGAGAUGGCUGCUGAUGUUCAAAUUUUAAUUCUUUCCGAUGGAAAAUCCAAUAUAUUGCCUGCUGAUUUGGUCUUGCCAUUCCGUCCAUCAUCAGCAGAUACCUUAGAUGGUGUGGAGCCGGAAAUACUAAAAGCUUGGAGAUGGUACUUGGCUACUGUGAGAUCAUUGACUCAUUCCAUUGAGCAGGAGAUGCAGAAGGUAAUAAAUACCAUUUGCAAUAUGUGAGAUUCUUUUUGCAGCAGAGUUGUUGCUAAUAUUGGCAGACAUGUUGUGCAGGUGGUAGAAGAUGACUUGGUGGCGGCAAGACAAGCUGACAGAAGCUUAGGCAGCCAAGACCUAAGCAGGUUGCUUACAUUAGGGCGUUUGAUGUCGGUGAGCUUUGGUGAAACCAGUUUGUUGUUGGAACACUGGCAGAUGGUGAAGGAGCUAGACAGACUUAGAAAGGAAAGGCUGCAGGGGAGUGCAUAAAGCCAAAGGGGGAAAUGGGGGAUAGAUAAAGAAAAGGGUCAUAAAAGUUGUGUAAAUUGUUCUCAAGUUGGUGAAAAAAACAAAUGUAUCAAUGUAACCUAUCACUAUGACCCAAGCGGGAUGUUGCUUCAUAUGUAUCUAUACUCCAAGUUUUCGAUCAUUGCUUCAUGAUGGCGAGUUUUACGACUGUCUUUGUUAUGCAAAUUAGGUUGCUAAGUUGUACAUAUGGAUGCUCCUUUUGUUGAAAGCUACCUUUUUUCUUUUUUUUUUCCGGUCUAGAAAGUUAGACCGCAGUUAACUAAAUGUAUCAAGUUUGAAGCUGAGUUCGUAAGAGAAGUAAGAUUCUGCAAGUCUGCAACCAAACUCUUUCUUUU